ACUUGACAGGUCCCUGUGGUUGAGCCCGGAAAGAGCAUCUGUGCCCUUGCACCCUCCAUCCAUCAACACACAGUACACAAACACACACUGAGCGUGCGUUUUAGAGCCCGGACCGUGGAAAAUGAAAGAGUAAAGACCACGAUGAGGAGGAGAAAAGUUUCUUGAAGGCCUGAAACCUAAAGCACUCCACACAAAGAGCCCCGAGGGGCGCAGCGUGGCUGCCUGUCAGACCUCUCCGAGAGAACGCAGGGGUAAGAUCGAUGACGGGGGGUGACGAAGUGGUUGAUCCCUCGGACCAGUCCGCGUCCGUGGAGGACGAUCACAUUGCCGCGCAAGCAACAACAAAGCGAGAUGCGCAGGAAGGAAUGGAUGUUUUAGAUGAGCAAGUGUCCGCCCCUGAGUUGGAAGAUCCCUCGUCCCCCGCGCACAGUGGUGCAUCUACCGCUGUGAUGAGCACAGAAUUGUAUACAGAGACUGGCGACCCUUACUCUGGUACUUCAAGUCCUGAUUCUCCUUCCAAGGCGUCAUCUAUUGUGUCGCCAAUUGCAAACGUUGAGAAGAGCUCCGAACCAAUGAAUGAAGAUCCAGUGUCAACUGGUGAAGUUGAGAAUACCCCGGAAAUCGAGGUGGACGCAAUGAAUGUUGCGAAGUCGUCCUCACAAGAAUUCCAGGAUGCUGAAAUUAGCCAGAACGUCGCAGAUGUAAUCUCUUCUAGAACCGGGGUGGUCGAGAUGAUUUCGACCACCGAAGUGCAAACCCCAUCUGUAACAGAUGGGCCGGAGAUGUCCACCUAUAUGGAUGGUGCGACUAACAACAUCGAGAGAAAAGAGGGCGAAAUGCGGUCCCAAAAUUUGGAGCUUGAAGGGCAAUCUGAGGUGCUCGUCGCUGUGACAUCGUCUCUUGAAGUUGAACAAGCGAUUGCCGAGAAGGGUGUUUCUGAAAGUAAUGAGCCUCAGUCAUUACCAAGUAUGGCCGCAGAAUUGCCCGAGGAACCCAACAGAAUGAACACAUCAAAGCAAGACAGUAAUGGAAAAGAGGACGACAAUGUUCGAAGAGGAAAUGAAGACAACCAUCGAAUCGGAAUCACAUCCCCCAUCAACCAAAUACAACCCGAUGUCGCCCGUGCGAGUGAUUCCUCGGGGCCCAGAAACGGUAAUCAGAUGGAGCAGUUGGAUACCUCUUCAUCAGUACAUCAUAAUGGAUUGAAAGAAGAAGUGGACGAGCAAGACGUUACGAUUGAACGAAUCCGCACUGCCGCGGAGGCCGAGGUGCGCCAUGAAACGUUUGUCUCAUCUUUGGAGUCUGGGAACGAAGACCUCUCCGAAAAGGGUCCGAAGGCCCCUGCGCAGGAGGUGUCCGGGCCGAUGUCUAUGUCAGGGCUUGCAACUCUGUCAGUUGCCGUAGAAGAGAUGGACGAGGGCGGACGUGAAUUACAGGCAAGGCCUGAGGACUCGAAGGAGGAAGUGUCAGCUUUGAUAGCGACCCCUGCAGCGAUCGAGGUGAACGUUACAACGCCUGCAAGCUCGAGUCUCACCGAUGUGCGUGCCAAGACAGAAUUAGAGCGCGAAAUGGAGCUCUAUGAGGCAUCUGUGAAAGAGGAAGAAGCUAGAAUGUUGGCUCACAUGAGAUCCGAUCAACUGUUGGCUGGAGAGAGCACAGGAGACUCGAAGGAUUUGCUGAACGAGAGGAAGCGUGCAUUAGAGUCCACGCCCAACGAGGCUCGCAAGAAGCGAGGGAAGAGAGUUCUGUCUUCAGAAAACCUAUCGAAAGACGAGGAAGACGUAUGUUUUAUUUGCUUCGAUGGUGGGGAUCUUGUUCUUUGCGAUCGAAGGACGUGUCCGAAGGCUUACCACUUAACUUGUAUUGGCCGCGACACCGCUUUUUUCGAGAAGAAGGGCGCUUGGAUUUGUGGUUGGCAUUUUUGCACGGGCUGUACAAAGCCGGCCAACUUUCAAUGCUAUACAUGCCCAACGGCGUACUGCUCUGCCUGCUUGAAAAAAGCAGACUUUCUUUGCGUUCGACAAAGGAAAGGUCUGUGUGAGGAAUGCUGGCCUAUUGUACAUAUGAUCGAGAACAACGAGACAACGAAUGCUGAAGGGGUUGAAGUUGACUUUGAAGAUCAGGAGACGUAUGAGUGCUUGUUUAAAGAUUACUGGGUCGAUUUGAAGCAAAGGCUUCAACUCACUCCAGCCGAGCUCGACAAAGAUAAACAAGCAGCUGGAAGUGGUGGACUUUAUUUGGAAAACGGUGAAUCAGACGCCGAAGACAAAGGUGACGUCGAAGAUUACAACACUGGUUCAGAUAGUGGGGCAUCAGGUGAAGGCGACGACAAAAUGGACACGUCUGAUGAAGCCAAGAAAAGGAAGAGAGGGAAAGCCAAAGCAUCUACAAUUCCAGCAUCAGGUGAUGAUGCUGUCAUGGGUGCCGAUAGUGAACCUUACAUACUACCCGAGGAGGAGGAUGUUAUGGAGGACGUUGAGGAAGAUGAUGUAGAGGAGUAUACCGAAGAGGAUGGUGAUCAAAAGUCAGAUGUACAACUUCGAGAAGGCUGGGCAUCUAAGGAACUAAUUGACUUUGUGAAGUUCAUGGACGAAGAUCCGAAGAAACCCUUAACAAAGUUUGAAGUCACGAAGCUACUGUGGGCAUAUAUAAAGAGUCAUAAGCUUCAGGAUCCUCGAAAGAAAACGCAGAUACUUUGCGAUGAAAGGUUACAAACUCUCUUUGGGAAAAAGACUGUGAAUCAGUACGAUAUGAUCAAACAUGUCCAGUCUCACUACACCCUCAAAGGUGCAAAAAGUAGACGCCCAAAUAUGGUUUCUGACGAGGUUUUAAAGAUGGACGAAGAUCCAAAUGAAGAAGGAGUCGAUGAUAAGUACAGCAAAAUAAGAGACGUGAAAGAUAAACGUCGACGCAGGAAAGGAGAUGAUGAUAAGUUUGAAAGGCCAAGUGUCAAUGAAUAUGCUGCUAUCACUCCAAAAAAUAUCAAUCUGAUUUACCUUCGAAGACAGCUUCUAGAGGAACUUUUAGACGAUCCUGAGUUUGACAGUAAAGUCUGCAGCACAUUUGUGAGAAUUCGUGUACCAGGAAUGGUUAGCAAGUCUGAAAUGUGUUACAGACUCGUCCAAGUAGUAGGUACCCGUCUACAAGCUGAAGCUUAUAAAGCAGGGAGAAAGACGACGAACAUAGUGCUGGAGAUCUUGAACUUACAGAAGAGGGAAGACGUUACCGUUGAUCUUGUGUCAAACCAUGAAUUUUCAGAGGAGGAAUGCCAACGGUUGCGACAGAGUAUCAAAUGUGGUCUCAUCAAAACCUUGACUGUCGGAGAUAUCGAGGAUAAGGCCAAAGAUCUACAAGAAGCUAAAGUGAACGAUUGGUUCGAGACCGAGAGGCAGAGGCUUGUGAAUCUCAGAGACCGUGCGAGUGAGAAGGGCCGGAAGAAAGAGUUGAGAGAGUGCGUGGAGAAGCUGCAAGAACUCAAUAGUCCCGCGUUCCGGGCGGCAAAGCUACAUGCAAGGCCGGAAGUGACUGCCGACCCUCGAAUGGAUCCUAACUACGAGUCAGACGGUAACGAGGACAAAUCGAAAGAUAAAAUGAUGAUGAUGGAUGGAUCGGCAACUAUCUUGGAGAGGAGCCCGUCUGCCAUUGGCAUGGGGGAUAAACUUGCCACGGCCAGUAACUUGAAAAGUAGUCAACUAGAGAGCGGCAGUAGGCCAGAAUGGGAUAGCGCGAGAAACAAACAUUCUGCUUGGGUGGAGAAUACACGGAACAGAGAGGUAGAGCGGGGUGGUUUUGAGUCAGGUCGAUCAGGUGACAAGAUGGCUUAUGGUCGGGUUCCAAGUUACAGCAUUGAAGACACAAAUGAGAGGGGCUAUGACGAGAGGGACAGGGGUUGGGACAAAGAGUGGGUCAUGGAUGAGCGAGACACGGGCGUCGGAACAGGUUGGAUGGGGAACGGAAGAAAUAUUCGUUCUGCCCCUGCUGAACGAUGGACUGAGAAAGUGAAUAAUAUCUCUGCAGGUAUAGAUGGUGGUAGAGCUGGUAGAAGCGACUACAGAGGAUCGACGAGUUUGACAGGUUUGACUACCCCAGUGUAUGAUGGAAAAGCAGACUGGAAUAAGCCUAGGGAGCUACCGACGGCACCCUCUAUGCAGUCAACGUUUCCCUUGGCGUCCCAGCUGACAAGCACUUUGAGUAAAGCAGCGCUGGAGGCUGCUGAAAAGGAGAAAGUUUGGCAUUACAUGGAUCCAACAGGGACAAUUCAGGGUCCGUUUUCCAUGGAGCAGUUGCGGAAGUGGAAUACAACUGGAUAUUUCCCACUGGAUCUACGCAUAUGGAGAACGAAUCAGCCCAGAGAUGAGUCCGUCCUACUAACUGAUGCUUUGGCAGGUCGGGUCCAAAAAGAAAGGAUCGACUCAUGGGGCUCCGCAACAGUUCGAGCUGUGGACAUUGCAUCACAGCCAGCGCUAAGCGUCAGUGCUUUAGCUUCUGGUUAUAACAUCAACAAAACUUCUGCUGAUGGGUGGAGAGACAAUGCUGGUGGAUCAUCCAGUAGCUGGGUUGAUCGAGGAAGUUCGGCCGAUGUUGCAGGGAGAUCCACGACAUCUUGGGGUGUUGACAACGGGAGCCGAUUGGGAAGAGAUAUCAUCAGCGUGCCUGCUGUUCGCGACUCUAGUAGUGAUUUAAAAUGGAAAGCUGGGCCUGCAGAAACGGGGAGCUGGGAUACAUACGGUGUGGGUAGGAGUAACAAUAGCUAUGGUACAUCUCCUACUAGGAACAGUAGAGCUGAAGCGGCUGCCCGUUUUGACCCAGCGAAUUGGGGCUCUCGCUCGGACACUGUUAGAACCAGUGAGAAGGAUUCUUGGACUUCACCAAGUCCUGGAGCUGAUGGCGGCUAUUCAAAGCCAGGGGGUGGUGGUGGACGUUCCAGUUGGGGUAGAGGAUCAUCGCAUAAUUUUCGAGAUUCAGGUGGAAGUUGGAACAGCUUCAAUGAGGAUUCUGGUGGUGGACACGACAAUUCUCGACCCAUGAAAACAUCCCGAGGGUCCAAGAAGGACGUUCCCUGCCGUUUCCAUCAAAAGGGUUGGUGUAAGAGAGGAGAUAGUUGCGAUUUUUGGCAUGGUUAGUCCUGUGAAGAAAAUUGAUUACAAGUGUCUUGUCUCCUAUCUACAGGAGGUUGUUUGUAAGUGUAUAUUUCGGUUAUGGUUCUAAUUUUUGACUUGUCUAGACAUCUAGAGAGAAUAUGCUCAGAGGUUAGAAUUGUUACUGUCUGGGACCGAAAGAUGGUACAAUGGUCGAAAUUACGUAGAUUGAAGUAGUUUACAGCUCAGUGGUCGACAGCAACACAUCUAUCUAUCGUAGUUGCAAGUUUUGUUUCCAAACCUAUUUCCGGUUUACUGCCACUGCAGAGGCACUGAAAGCAGGUCAGUAGGUUUCAUUUUUACCCACAUGACAAAUCUUCCUCUAUUGGGAUUUCUAUUACAGUCCAUCCCAGUCCGAGGUGAGCAUUGGAAGAUGAGUGUAAAGGAAGAGACAUUCAUCCUUCUUCUCACCAUCACCAGUGUACUCACUUUCCAUCAAGAAGGUCCUGUAGCUUUUUUGACGGCAUGAGGAGAGUCAUGUAACGAGCGUGCAGAUUUUCUGAUGACCGUACUGAGGAAAUGAGUUGUUUAAUCUGAAAGAGCUGCUUUAUUAUCACGAAGUAGUCACAACUGCAGCCUGCUUAACUUUUAAAAGAAUCUAUGUAUGAUUGGAAAUUUAUGACAGAACAUCAGAUAACAUCAUGAAAUAUGUGA